AUGGCUCCUAAGGGGAUGAAUAAGAAGCAACAAAAUUCAGGUGGCAAAGAAUCCAACAAUUCCACACCAUGGCCAGAUCUUCCAAAACAUAUUUUCAACAUAGUAGAAGUAAAGUUCCCAAAUCUAGAGAAUAACAUCCAUUUUGGGGGUGUAACUAAGUCAUGGAGAACAGCACCAAGAAACUGUAAUCCAGAAUCCACACUCCCCUGGCUCCACCUCUCUAAUCACCACAGAGAAAACAUUGAGAAGUACCGUCAGCAUGUUGCUCGCCGCGACUGCAUCAGUACUUCAUAUUCACAUUUUGUCUGGGGGUGUUGGUGUAGGCUCUUCUUUAAACCCAAAAGGUAUCCAUGGAAAAAUUAUGUAGGGUGUUCCAAUGGCAUCUUGGUGGCUGAGUCAGAACCGCUUUUUAUAUACAAUCUGUGGAAUCCUAUACAUAGAGAGUGGUAUCAUCUACCAUUCUGGGAUGCUAGGGUACCAAUAAUACUUUCUGUGCUUUCUUCAUCGCCAGAAGAUCGAAAGUGUACGGUUAUGGUGCUAACUGGAAUCAGUCACCCAGCUUUUGCAUUCUACAAAUUAGACAGAGGAUCUGGUGCUUGGAAUACACAGGAGCCUCAAUGGACUAAACAAGAUUGCACCGUUACUGAGCCACAUUCAAAAGGAAGGUCAGGGACUAUUAUGCAAUUCACUAAUGCCAUUGGAUUUAAAGGUAAGUUUUAUGCUCUGAGUUUGCAGGGUACUCUUGCAAUUUUAGAGGAGGUUGAUUCUGUUUUUAAAAUAACUAGUUUGAGUGCAACAAGGGCAAUUCCUUCUGUUUCCUCAAACCAUUUCAGAGAGUAUCUACUUGAAUCUGAUGGAGACAUCUUGCUUGUGUAUCUUGUAUCAAGAAAAUCUUCAGUGCAUACUGUGGAUCAUGUUGAGGUUUAUAAACUCAGUUUGGCUAGACUCUAUUGGUUGAAGUUGGAGAGCCUUGGGGAAAGAACACUGUUUGUAGGGAGUAAUUGUAGCAUGUCUGUGUUGGCAAGUGAAGUAGGAUGCAGGAAGAACUGCAUCUAUUUUAGGGCCUUUAGAGCUGAUGAAUGGUGUGUAUAUGACAUGGAAUCAGAAACCAUAUCCCUUGGAUAUUCUAAACUUUGGAUGGAACCAAUAGGAGAAGAAUGA